AUGGUUGACAUUAUCGACAAAAAACAACGAGAAAGUUGGAUAACAUGCGAGUUUGUAAACUUUAAUGUUGAUUCUCCCUCUGACUUGUUUCAGGUUGCUGUUUUAUGGGAGAGGGGACAAACAUUUGCGUAUUGCUAUGACCCUCUGGAUCCAAAUGGGAAUAUUACAGUUACAUUUGAUGUUCUCCAAUGGACAGCCGAUGGAUAUUUGGCGAGGAUAACCAUUCAAAACUACUACCAGUAUCGGCAAGUUGAGAAACCAGGUUGGAAGCUUGGGUGGAGAUGGGCGAAUGAUGAGGUUAUUUGGUCAAUGUCGGGUGCUUUUGCCACCCAACAAGGGAACUGCUCCAAGUUCACGAACGAAAUACCACAUUCCUGCAAGAUGGAUCCUGUUAUAGCUGAUCUCAUGCCAGAAGCGUUGCCUGAAAAUAGGUCAGAUGAUUGCUGCCAUGGUGGCUUCCUUUCUGCUUGGGCUGUCAGCCCUUCCAACUCAUUCUCAUCCUUUAAGAUGAAAGUUGGCAACUUGGGGGGAAACUAUACUGCAUUCAAGCCUCUAAAUCUUUCUCUGAUGGCUCCAGGACCCGGUUAUACUUGUGGCAAAUUUGUGGACAUCGAUCCCACUGUUUCUCCAGCCAUUGGAGGAAGAAGGGAAGAACAAGUUUUCAGGACCUGGAGAUCAACUUGCACAUACUCAACAUAUUUGGCUAACAAAACCCCAGCUUGUUGCGUUUCACUGUCAACGUUUUAUAAUCCUAAGAUCACAUCAUGCCCUAAAUGUAGCUGUGGGUGUAGACUAGCUGAUCCGAGUACCAAAUCAUGCAUAAGAGAAGGUGCACAACCAUCAACCGAACCUGAUGUGGUGUGGUGCACUGAUCAUAUGUGUCCGAUUCAAGUUCACUGGCAUAUCAAGAACAAUUACCGGGAUCACUGGAGAGUAAAACUGACAAUAUCUAACUACAACUAUGGAAGAAACUACUCAGACUGGACUCUGGUAGUUCAGCAUCCUGGUUUCAGCCAGACCACAACUACCUACAGCUUCAACAGUACUGUGCUUCCAACUGCUGGUGUCCCAGAUGAAAUUGCACUGUUUUGGGGGAUUGACUUCUACAACACUAUACUGUUGCAAGCUAGUGAAGAGCAAGUUGGGUCAGUGACAACAGAGAUACUUCUUGAAAAGGAUUUAAGCUCAUUUACCCUUAGUAAUGGGUGGGCAUUUCCCAGAAGAAUAUAUUUCAAUGGUGAAAACUGUGAAAUGCCCCCUCCAGACACUUUCCCAAUGCUGCCAAAUGGUAACUCAAGCCUAAAACCUGCUUACAGCCAUUUAGGUUUGAUCUGUCUGGUUUAUAAAAUGCUUUUUGCUAUGUUUUGACAA